CACGCGCGCCAGGCACGCGUUGCUCUCCUCCGGCGCACGUGUGAACGCGACCAGCCACUCAAGGCGUCGGGAUGGGAAGCGGGGAGGUUAUUUUAGGCCAGCAGUGGGAACCCCGGUCGUUAGCCGGGUCUUCAUCCCCGGGGAGGGGGUGUCCAAAGUCCCUUCCUCCGCGAAUUGCAAAAACUCGGCUAGUCGAAGGGGGAGUGGGUGGUCGUCUGUCCGAGCCACCCGGGCGUCCCACGGGGAUCCUCGGGCUCCAUCCUCGGAGGUGGAGCCCGGCUGACCCGCCUGCAGCGGAAGGCGUCGCUUUCCCACGUGCUGCAAAUCCCGUUUCCGGGAGAAACACGUGUCCUGCCUGCCAUGCAGGAGGCGGGCGGUUGGAAGUGGCGGGGCGGCUUGGUGGGCUUGGCGGCGGCGGCGGGGGUCGCCUACGGCCUGUACCGGGCGACUUCCAGGCGGAGCGGCGGACGAGACUCCCCCGGGUCUGGGGGCUUGGAAGGGCGGCCGGACGACCCCGCUGGAGGGGGAGAAGCCUCGGGGGCUCCCGGGUUGCCCAGCCCCGACCUUUGGGGUCCUUCGGGGGGCGUCCCGCAAGGGGGCACCGAGCUUUCAAAAGCACCCCAUGGUGUUCUUGAGCCACAUCAGAUUAAGAGUCUUCUUCGUCUACUGGAGUCUACAGAAGACAUUUUGGUUCAAGAACAGAUCUUGGUUACCCUGAGCAACAGCGCAGCCUUCUCUGUCAAUCAAGAUAUCAUUCGGAAUUUAGGUGGCCUGCCUCUGAUUGGAAAAAUGCUUUCAGCUCCCACCACCAACGUUAAACAGAAAGCACUUAAUGCACUCAAUAAUCUGAGUAUGAAUACUAAAAAUCAGGAAGAACUAAAGGUCUACAUUACCAAGGUGUGCGAGGAAGUGGACACCUCUCCUGUAAAUUCUGAAUUGCAGCUAGCCGCCCUUCGGUUCUUAACCAACAUUUCCGUGACGAACGACUAUCAUUACAGGAUGAGCAGCUUCAUACCCAGUUUUCUGCACCUGCUGUUUGAAGGAAAUGAAAGGACUCAGGUUCAAGUCCUAAAAGUGCUCGUGAACUUAUCGGCCAACCCAGCUAUGGCAGACCCUCUGCUUAAUUCACAGGCGCCUCUUCUCUUAUCUCUGUUUGACAGCUGCAUAAACAAAGACAUUUUGCUCAGGGUCCUUGCAUUUGCCACCAAUCUGACGAGGUCCAUGAAAAAUGACAAGGGCUGUGCUAUCCAGAAUCGGUACAAUGAAGAUUCCAUUUUUUCUACUCUCUCCGGCAAUUCUCUGUAUACUCAAAAGCUGGCAUCCCUGCUACAUCAUUACGAUGCAGAAGUCAAAGAACAAGUUGCAAAGUUAAUAAUGCAGCAGCGCUGAGGUCAGCCUCAAUAAUUCCAUCUCCAAAAUCCUGAACGGCAUAAAAGGUAUAUAGCUUCCCAUAGCUAUUUUAUUGACCUGUGUAAAGUUUCCUCAUUUUUAACUGGGGAACUGUAUCCAUCCUGGACAUUUCCUUCAGCAUCAAAUGAUACUGCCCUCAUCUCUGGAAGUAGUAGUAGUAGUAGUAGUAGUAGUAGUAAUAACAAUUGUCAAUAAGAAAGACAAAAAAGUCUGGAUAGUGGACGUGGCAGUGCCUGGAGACAGCAGAAUAGACGAGAAAGAACUGGAGAA